AGAACCUAAAACCUCUUUCUAGUCUCUGCGGUUCGAAGCCUCUGCUGAGAACACGACAUGUCGAAACAACUCCAAACCGAAACAGAGCUGCUCCUUCGCGAGUACGAGCUCCGUCUCCUCCGCUGCACCCUCGCUUAUUCACUGCCCGAUUCCUCUCCUCAACCGCCCCAUGCGCCGUCCGAUCGAACUUCCUCUCUCCACGCACUAAUCAAAGACAUCCUCGCUUUAAUUGAGGCAGGUGACUAUCUCCGCGCCCUCUCCUCUGACGCCGCAAGACUCGUCUUCCAACUCUCCGGUGACUCUUACGUUGACUCCGUCGAGUGCGCCGACCGAGUGUACUCCAAGUCGCUCGACCUCGUCGAGUCAUUUAUUUUAGAAGAAAAUGAAUCCCAAGAGGACGAAAGGGACAAGGACAAGGCCUGUAGGAUAGUGCUCGUGAUGUGCGUCGCCAUAGCUGCAUUCCUCGGGUUUACUAGGUGCAACUUGACAGGGCCCUUGAAGGAAAUAAUGCCGAAAUGUCCAUUGACAUUAAUAGGAGAUAAGGAAGCGGUGGAAUGGGAGAAUUGGGCGCGUAAUCAGCUUAUGGCUGCUGGCUCUGACUUGCUUGGAAAGUUGUCAAAUCUUCAGUAUAUAGUAUUUGCUAAGAUGUUGGUCACGAGGACAAAAGACAUUUCAUUUGGAGGAGGUGUGUCUUCCACUUAUGGAAUUAGUAGCAUCUCGUGGUGGCUAGCUAGGAUUGUGUUUCUUCAACAAAGAAUUUUGGAUGAGAGGUCGUCUUCGUUGUUUGAUCUAUUGCACGUGUAUAUGGGUGAGACUCAAGGCCAUUUUGACACUUCAGAAAAAGUAAAAAGCUAUUUUGGUUCAAGUUUACGUGAUGGAGAGGCUUCAGCAAUCGUUUCAAUGGUUCAUUUAGAAGCUGGAAUAAUGGAGUACACAUAUGGAAGAGUAGAUUCUAGCAGGCAACAUUUUGAGUCAGCUGAACUGGCAGCUGGGCUUCAGCUUUCUGUCACUGGGGUUCUUGGCUUUCGAGCUGUACAUCAGGUGGAACCUAAGGCACAGAUGGUACUUGUUGCAAACACAAGCUCAUCAAACUGUGAUGGUAGAUGCCCCUCAGAAAGCUCUGGCCUCCAGGAAAAUGUUUCCAGUAAUAUAGAGGAUAAUUCAUGUCAACAUCAACAUGAAACCUGUGAUGUCUCUGACAUAUUGAUGACUCCAAAAUUGUUAGUGAAUAAUAGUGAAGGAACUAGAUCACAAGGGAUUCAAAAUGGUGGUCCUGCUGCGGCUCCUUUAAUGGGAAUCCAACAGGCUGUGAUUCUGGCCCAAUGUCUUCUUAUUGAGAAGAGCACUCGGCAUGAUGAAAUGCAAAGAUGGGAUAUGGCUCCAUACAUUGAGGCAAUUGAUUCUCAGCAAUCAUCAUACUUCAUUAUACAAUCUUUCUGUGACAUCUUACGUAUUCGAUGGGAGUCAACUCGUAGUCGCACAAAGGAGCGUGCUUUGCUGAUGAUGGAUAAAUUGGUCCAGAGGAUCUGUGAUCCUUCUCUGGGAGUGGCACAACGGAUUCCUUUUUGUUUUGCGGUUUAUAGCCCUACUAUUCCUGCCUUGCGAAAGGAAUAUGGUGAACUUUUGGUGCGCUGUGGUUUGAUUGGAGAGGCAGUUAAAAUUUUUGAGGAUUUAGAGCUAUGGGAUAAUCUAAUAUUUUGUUACCGCUUAUUGGAGAAGAAAGCAGCAGCCGUUGAACUCAUAAAGAAACGGCUAUCUGAAAUGCCAAAUGAUCCCAGAUUAUGGUGUUCAUUGGGUGAUGUUACAAAUAAUGAUGCUUGCUACGAAAAAGCCUUGGAAGUUUCAAACAGUAGGUCCGCUAGAGCUAAGCGGUGUCUUGCUCGCAGUGCAUACAAUAGAGGGGACUAUGAGACAUCAAAAGUUUUUUGGGAGUCUGCAAUGGCCCUGAAUUCUUUGUAUCCAGAUGGUUGGUUUGCCCUUGGUGCGGCUGCUUUGAAGGCUAGAGAUGUUGAAAAGGCUCUGGAUGGGUUUACUCGUGCUGUUCAACUUGAUCCUGAUAACGGGGAGGCUUGGAAUAACAUUGCUUGUUUGCAUAUGAUCAAGAAGAGGAGCAAAGAGGCUUUCAUUGCUUUUAAAGAGGCCUUAAAGUUCAAGCGAGACAGCUGGCAAUUGUGGGAGAACUACGGUCAUGUUGCUGUGGAUGUGGGCAAUAUUGGUCAGGCUCUGGAAGCUAUACAGAAGGUUUUGGAGAUGACUAAGAAUAAAAGAAUUGAUGCUGAAAUACUAAAGAGAAUUAUGAUAGAGGUGGAAAGAAGGGCUUCAACUGAUCAUUCUAGAUCUCCUAUGAUUACAAAUGAUGAUAAUUGUGCUGAUCAAGGUUGUACAGAUGAUUGUGGAGUAGGCGGUCUUAAUGAGUCAAGACAUGCAGACUCUGGGUUGGGAAGGUCACGUGAAACUGAGUAUUUGUUGGAGUUUCUUGGAAAAGUUCUCCAGCGGAUAGUUCGAAGUGACUGUGGGGCAGAUAUCUGGGGCUUAUAUGCAAGGUGGCAUAAAAUCAAAGGAGAUUUGAGAAUGUGCUCUGAAGCCCUCUUAAAGCAAGUUAGAUCAUACCAGGGAUCUGAUCUAUGGAAAGAUGGAGAUCGUUUCAAAAGUUUUGCACAAGCAUCAUUGGAACUUUGCAAGGUGUAUGUGGAAAUUUCUUCAUCUACUGGUAGCGUUCAAGAACUCCAUGCGGCUGAUAUGCACCUAAAGAGCAUAAUUAAACAGGCGAGCAGCUUCGCAGACACAGAAGAAUUCAGAGAUCUUCAGACUUGCCUUGAUGAAGUGAAGAUGAAGCUCCAAUCUCCUCCUGUGGCUCCUUAAAAUUUCGUUUGCCAGACACCCCACUUGUACGUGUCUGUGGUGUUACCGAGAAGGCAAAGUCCAUGGAUGAGUAUCUAUUUCGUGAGAGAAGUGGAUAUCACUCGAAGUUUUGUAAUAUUAGCCAAAUUUUCUUUUAACUAAAGUGAACUUCUACUUCAGUGAAAAUGGUUACGGAGUAACUAGUGGAGAGCUGUGCGAUGUUCUUGAAUAUCUAAAUUUAUUAAGUGAAAACAUUUCAUGUAA